AUGAAGAGGUUAGAUAGUCAAGUGAUCGAGACGUAUGACAAAGUUCUCAAAGAUCAAUUAGAUAAAGGCAUAAUAGAGACAAUUGAGGAUCUUUGGGUCGAGCUUGAACAACCAGUGUAUUAUAUGCAUCAUCACUGCGUAUUACGAGAAGGAAAGUCUACUGACCUGCGUAUCGUUUACGAUGCCUCGUCUAAAACGAGAGAAAAGGAUAGUCUGAACGAUUGCCUUUAUAGGGGACCACUAAUGCUUGAAGAUCUAACCGGCUUAUUGAUCAGAUUCCGAGAGAACAAAGUAGGAAUUGUUGCAGACGUAGAAAAGACCUUUCUACAAAUUGGCUUACAGCACCCGGAUAGAGACGUUACUAGAUUUUUAUGGUACAAGGAUUUGACAAAAGAUAUUUCCGUGAGCAAUAUUCAACAUUAUAGAUUUUGUCGUGUUCCGUUCGGCGUCAUAUCAAGUCCCUUCUUGUUAAACGCCACAAUAAAAUAUUAUCUGUCCAAUACUGUUAAUGACCUUAGCAAAAGGAUGUCAGAGGACAUUUAUGUGGACAACCUCGUUACUGGAGCAGAGUCCGUGGCCGAAGCGUACAAUCUAUACAAAACAGCAAGAGAGGUGUUUAAAGGUUUGUCCAUGAAUAUCCGUGAAUGGAAUUCUAAUUCUCAUGAAUUUUUGAUGCGGGUGCCAAAGGAAGGUAUUGAGUGGAACACGCAAGAGGACGUACUAAAACUAAAACCAAAUUUUGAAAUGGCAAAGAAUUUAGAAACAAAAGGAGGAGUAUUGAAAACAACAGCUUCAAUCUACGACCCGUGCGGAUUUGUAGCUCCUAUGAUAUUACCGGCAAAACGUCUGCUACAAGAUUUGUGGAAACUGUUAUUGUUACGAGGAUAA